AUGCUUUGUGCUACGCCGCAAUCGCCCGGCGGACCGAAGCCGUUCGGGAGAGACGGGAGCGGCGCGGCCCCCGAAGGGAUUGUCGUGGUGUAUGUAGAUGCGGAUGCGGCGUUUUUGGUGUUUGGUUGGUUGGUUGUACGCCUGAUUGGAAGGAGCUGGUGGAGAGUGAUUUGGGGGAGAGGUGGAGUGGUAGAGUGGUCGGAUGAUGGUAAGCUGAUGGAGGAUAAUGGCAGAGAGGCGGUUUCUGCGGAGGGUGGUUGGUCCGCUGGGUGGUUGUCACGGAGUAUCACGUUGUCUUUUGGGAAUGAGAUGGGAUGGAAGGAGGCGAGGAUGGACUGGGCCGAGGAACACUAA